AACACAAAAACUAAGCAAAGACGAGAAGAAAAGUAAAGAAAGAAAAAAGAAGAGCAGAAAGAAAAAAAAAAGAGAGAAACAACCACUCAACUUCCACAACCCCUUCCUUGUCCAGCCCCUCAACUCUCUACUCCUCCCUUCUCAAUCUCCAUCAAACCUCCCCUCUCUCCUCUUCUCUUCCCUUCCCUCUGCUCCUCACUCCUCCUCAAAUCUCCUUUAACCUCCCCCCCUUCUCUCCUCUCCUCUCCUCUCCUUUCCUCUCUCCUCCCCAUCCUUGGGUGAAAAACUUGUGGCUGUGCCGGGCAGAAGCUCAUUCAGCAGGAGUGCAGGAGUGCAGUAGUGCAGGCAGGCAGGCAGGCAGGCACCACCCAGGACAGCUCCAUGGCCAUGCCCCAGGCCCUGUGCCGCUGAACCCCACGGAGAGAGCACCUGGCUGGGCCACUGGGCCCCAGGGACACCACCCCCACCCCAUAUCUCCAGAAGAGUGGGAGGAAGCUAGAGGAGCUAGAGCUACAGCCCAGAGCCCAGAGGAGAGGAGUGUAGCAGGGAAGGACAAGAAACAGAGAAGCCGACCGACGGACAAACUCACAGAGAGAGGAACGAAGCGCUGAGAGGUGAGGGGGUCCCCCAAAAGAGAAGGAACCGCAGCACCAUAACAGAAGCUUUUGAGGCAACACCGGAGCUCAACACCGGGGAGGAGGACACGAGACAUGAGUGCCCACCAGAGGACCACCAUUGCGAACCGGGAACACCACGGGACCAGGAGAUAGGACAGACCAAGUCAGACCAACUCACAUUUCUCAGGAUCCGUGUUUUUUUGUUAUCGUUUUUGUUUUUUUCCCCUCCCCACCCUUCUCAACUCAAACUCCCUGAAAUCACCGGUUUUGGUUGGACAGCAGUACGUGCACGUGUUUGAGCAUCGGCCCGUGCUGGCACACCUCUGGCUGGCCCUAAAAAAGGAAAAACACACGUCUGCGCUGCCAAGGAGGAGACAUAACACAGGAGGACGGGGUGAAAAGAAAAAGAAAAGACGAAAAAAAAACCACCCAAAACAAAACGGCAGCUGAGAAGAAUCGGUCAUGAGGGGUGUACGAGAGGUGACGUGGUGGCUUUGUGCCGUUUUCUGCCUAUUCGCCUGGAGUUUCGUCCAAGCCGGACACCAAUCGACCAGCCAACAAAAACACCACCACCAACAGCAACAACAACAACAACAACAACAACAACAACAACGCCAGCAUUCAGCCCAACAAUACCACCACUCUUCCUCCUCUUCUUCCUCCUCAUCCUACUCGUCCACGUUGCCGUUGUCGAGGCGACGCCGGGCCGCGUCUGAUGACAUCAACAAGAAGUGCAGCUACACCUUCCUGAUCCCGCAGCAGAAGAUCACGGGCCCGAUCUGCGCCAGCUCCACGGGGCCCGAGCCGGACCGCGACCGCGUGACGCGCAUGGACAUCUCGGACCUGCGCGAGGUGCUGUCCAAGCAGCGGCGGGAGAUUGAGACGCUGCAGCUGGUGGUGGACGUGGACGGCAACCUGGUGAACGAGAUGAAGCUCCUCCGCAAGGAGAGCCGCAACAUGAACUCGCGCGUCACGCAGCUCUACAUGCAGCUGCUGCACGAGAUCAUACGCAAGCGCGACAACUCACUGGAGCUGGCGCUGCUGGAGAACCGGGUGCUCAACGCCACGUCGGAGAUGCUGCGGCUGGCGUCGCGCUACCGCGAGCUGGAGGCACGCUUCGGGCAGCUGGCCGGCGUGGUCAACAACCAGUCGGCGCUGAUCGCGGCGCUGGAGGAACGGUGCCUGCAGGCGUACGGCGGCGGAGGGCGCCACGAUCUGCCCGCGGUGCCGCCACUGGUGCAGGUGGUGCCCGAGAGCAUCCCGGCCAACAGCGGCCGCUUCACCAACGAGAUCAGCAGGGAGCACAACAACCGCGCGCUGACACGUGGCUCGCGCAUGGACGCUACCGUCAGCCCUGUCGGAAUACCGCCACCCACUCUCAGCACUGAAGGGCCAUUCAGGGACUGCUACCAGGUGCGGAAGGCGGGCCACAAGUCGAGUGGGAUGUACCUGCUGAAGACCGAGGGCAGCGAUAGGCUAAUCCAAGUGUGGUGCGAGCACGGAUUGGACAACGGAGGGUGGACAGUAUUCCAAAGGAGGAAAGAUGGCUCUGUAAAUUUCUUCAGGAACUUUGAGAACUACAAGAAAGGCUUUGGGAACAUCGACAGUGAGUACUGGCUGGGUCUGGAGAACAUCUACAACCUGACCAAGCAGGGCGACUACCGCCUCCUGGUGGAGCUGGAGGACUGGGUGGGGAAGAAGGUCUACGCCGAGUACAGCAGCUUCCGGCUGGAGUCCGAGAGCGAGGGCUUCCGCAUCCGGCUGGGGACGUACCAGGGCAACGCAGGGGACUCGUUUAGCAACCACAACGGGAAGCCCUUCACCACGCUCGACCGCGACAGGGACACCUUCUCAGGUAACUGUGCCCAUUUCCACAAGGGCGGGUGGUGGUAUAACGCGUGUGGCCAGACCAACCUGAACGGCGUGUGGUACAGUGGCGGCGUCUACCGCAGCAAGUUCCAGGACGGAAUCUUCUGGGCCGACUACGGCGGAGGAUUCUACUCACUCAAGGCCGUGCGCAUGAUGAUCAGGCCCAUCGAUUAACUAGCAGACUCUAUGAACCCUAUCCACACACACACACACACACACACACACACAC